AUGUUAGUGAAUGGUACUCUUACGGCAGCAACAACGCAUACAACUGCUAUGAUUCCGCCGAAUGCGAUAAAUGCGACUAAUUCGACGACGACGACGACAACCACGAGCGGCGAUCUCGCCGCAUUUCUUGCCGCAUCAUCGAAUUGUAUUUCCGAAACAGUUUUCGGUAAUCAAAUAAAUCUUAAUGAUGCAGCAACAUUAUUUAGUUUACUCGCACAACAACAACAACAAGCAUUAUUACAACGUUUACAAGCGGCGCAACGUGAAAAUUCACGUCAAAAAAAUGCAAUACAAGAAAAAAAACGAAGUUAUCCAUGUACAUUUCAAUAUUGCGUUUUAUGCCAGAAAAAUGUGCACAGUUCAAAACUACCAUGUCAUAUUCGUCAGUGUCACGUCGCAAAGCCAAUGUUUCGAUGUCCAGCGUGUGAUUUUACCUCAACCUAUUCGAAAAAUAACGUUAAAAGUCAUAUGGUUUCACUUCACGGUCUUGGAGGAGAUCCGAUUAGUUUUAUGGAGCAAUAUGCUGGUCAAGUUGAAGAAUAUAUGAAAAAAUGUUUUCCUAAUGUACGUGGACGAGGUCGCCCAAUACAUACAAAUGGCGAUCGACAAUCACCUAAUUCACCUGUUUCACCGCAAAAUGGACAAACAAGUGCUUCUCGUCGAGGAAGUAUAAAUAAUAGUCCGCCAAAUGCAAGCAAUAAUCAGAAUAUUCCGAUUUCUUUAAAUGAUCAAUUAUGGGCGCUAAACCAACCGCAUUAUAUUAAAAAUGAAAACAACAUCGCAUCUGAUUCUCGUCCUAUUUUCGAUGCAAAAUCCUCGCCUACUGAAACACAAAAUGUUUCGGCAACUGCUGAUGUGAAAACAGGAAAAGCUAUUAAGCUCGAACCAAUAGAAAAUGGCAAUAAUAAAUUGUUAGAUGUCGCACUGCCCUCAUCUGAAGGCGAAGCUUCAUCAGCAACAUCUGAAGGCGAUAAUUUAAUAUCUGAAGGUGAUGGUGAUGAGGUCGUUGCAAAUGCUGCAAAUACUAUUCAAGAUAUAACAAAUCAUAGAAAAAGUUCAAUUUUCAUACGAUUGAAUUUGGCUUCAUUUGCACCUUUUUUUGGUGAAUCAAUUUUUCUUAAUGAGGAACAACUAAAGAAAGUUGCGGAAGUACGAAAGCAAAUUAAUUUGAGGAAUUUUGAAAUUAUGUUCGCUGUUGAUAGAAUGGAUCUUGAUGUAUUGCCAGUCGAAAGUGUUGAUCUGAUUCAAAGCAUUGCGCCGAGCGCUAUUGACAUUCAUCGUUUCAAAACCUAUGAAAUGUCGAAUUCAGUUAGCUGCUUGAAUGAAAGCGAACAAUUUAUUCUACAGUUAGCGAAAAUAGAAAGAGUUGCGGAAAAUCUUAGUGCCAUGUCGCAUAUGGGUCAUUUCAUAAAAGAAGCAAACAAUCUGCUUCAGCAAUUGGACGAACUUCGACAAGCUGCUAAAACAUUAAUCGAAUCCGAUGUACUUUUUGCUUUACUUCAUUUAUUUUUAACCUGCGGCAAUAUUAUAUGUGGUGAUUUUAAUGCUCAAACAAUUAAAGGAUAUCGCACGUCGUGUAUACUUCAAAUGUGUUCAUUUAAAUUUCCCACAUCAGAAACCACUUUGCUGAUGGUCGUCGUCAAAGAAAUUAUCUCACAUUUUCCAGAACUUAAAAAACUUGAUGAUUUGAUUUCAGCUGUUGAAAAAGGUGCCAAAAUUAAAUUUUCUGCAUUGACAACAGCAAUUUGUGAUUUUUAUUCCAAUCAUUUAUUUACAAUGGCCGAACUCGAUCGGAUUAAGAAGACAUCUUCGAUUUCAGCUUUUAUUUCAACUUCUGAGCCUCUCCUUAUCGAAUUAAUCGAUUCAUUUCGUCAAACAAAGGAAAAACUAAUAUCAAUGUUGAAAUAUUUUGGCGAAAUUGUGGAAAUUAAUGAAAGUGCAUUGGAACCCGAAUUAUUUUUUCAAACGAUUCUUGCAUUUUGCAACAAACUACAAACAGCUUUUGAUGAAUUUGCAAUUAAGCCAUGA